AUGAUUUCUAUACUCAAGUCAUUACUUACUUUAACUGCCUUGUCUUCUUUGGCCUUGGCUAAAUUCGAAGAUGUUUCCCCUCCUAUUGAAGUUGUCGGUAACAAAUUCUUCUACUCCAACAAUGGUUCCCAAUUCUUGAUUAGAGGUAUUGCUUAUCAACAAGAUACUUCUGGUUCUGUUUCUACAAUUUCUUAUGAUUCUGAUCCAAAUAGAAAAUACAAUGAUCCUUUGGUUGAUCCAGAAUCUUGUAAACGUGAUGUUGAAUAUUUCAUUGCUACAAACACCAACACUUUGAGAGUUUAUGCCGUUGAUCCUGAUAACGAUCAUGAAGAAUGUAUGAAGAUUUUCAGUGACGCUGGUAUUUACAUCAUUGCUGAUUUAUCUGAACCAACCACUUCUAUCAACAGAAACAACCCAGAAUGGAACUUGGAUGUUUACGACCGUUACACUAAAGUUAUUGACACUUUACAAGAAUAUUCAAACGUCUUGGGUUUCUUUGCCGGUAAUGAAGUUACCAAUAACCGUACCAAUACUGAUGCUUCUCCAUUUGUUAAAGCUGCUAUUAGAGACAUGAAGAAAUAUAUUAAAGACAAUGAUUAUAGAGAAAUCCCAGUUGGUUACUCUUCCAACGAUGACGAAGAAACUAGAGUUGCCAUUGCUGAUUAUUUUGCUUGUGGUUCUUUGGAUGACCGUGCUGAUUUCUUUGGUAUCAACAUGUAUGAAUGGUGUGGUAGAUCAACUUUUGAAACUUCUGGUUAUAAAGACAGAACUGAAGAAUUCCAAAACUUGACCAUUCCAAUUUUCUUCUCCGAAUAUGGUUGUAAUGCUAAUCGUCCACGUUUGUUCCAAGAAGUUGGUACUUUGUUUUCAGAUAAAAUGACUGAUGUUUGGUCAGGUGGUAUUGUCUAUAUGUAUUAUGAAGAAGCUAACAACUAUGGUUUAGUUUCAUUAGAUGGUAGCAAAGUUUCCACCAUGUCUGAUUACAACAACUACAGAUCCCAAAUUAAUAACAUUAGUCCAUCAUUGGCUACUCGUUCCACUAUUGGUUCAGCAGAAGCUUCCAGAACUUUGGCUUGUCCAGAUAACAGUUUCUCUACUUGGAGAGCUGCCACUGACUUGCCACCAACCCCAGAUGAAGAAUACUGUGACUGUCUUGCCCAAUCUUUUAACUGUGUCGUUGCUGAUGAUGUUGAUGAAGAAGAUUACGGUGACUUGUUUGGUGAAGUUUGUGGUUACAUUGAUUGUUCAGAAAUUUCGGCUGAUGGUAAUGAAGGUGCUUAUGGUAGUUUCUCAUUCUGUUCUGAUAAAGAUCGUUUAUCCUUUGUUUUGAACCAAUACUACCAUGACCAAAAUGAAAGAUCCGAUGCUUGUGAUUUCGGUGGUAGUGCUUCUAUCAAUUCCGAUGCUGUUGAAACUUCUAGAUGUAGUGCUUCAGGUGUUAGUUCUGGUUCUGGUACAAGAAGAUCCGGUUCAUCUACUAGAUCAGGUAGCAGCUCUGGUUCUAGUUCUGCUUCUGAUUCUUCCUCAACCAGUACUAGUUCCGGCUCAAGCUCCAAUGCUGGUGUUAGAGUUGCUGGUGAAAUGUCUAUGACUAAAUUAUUCACCAUUACUGGUAUUGUUACUGCUUUUGUUGGUGGUAUGUCCAUUUUACUCAAUUAG